AUGGUCAUGGAGCGGACGCCAGAGAGACCUUCACAUGGUGACACUGUGACCUUUGCCGUUCCCGAGGAUACGGUUCGAAGUCCUCGCCGAAGUAGCCGUGUCAAGAAGAAUCCUUCCGUAACCCCAAGACGCUUCAACAAGUUCUUCACGCCGAGAGCUCGAAAUCUGCAGCGUGCGGUUCGAAGCUCGAGAAGAGCUCUACAUGAUCUUUCUGCAGCCAGUUUGAACAGUCGAGCCGAUAAUACACACCGUCCAAACAAAAGGAGGAGAAUCUCUUUUUCCUCAGUGCCAUCUCUUCCGUCGUCCCCGAUCCGCAAAGACUCGAGCUCUCUAGUCGCAAGGCCCAAUGUUGAAGUUCAAGACCUGAUGCCCGCCCCCGAGGCCUGUGCCGACUGUUUCGAUACGGAAUAUGAGGAUGAAGACGAGGACGAGGACGAGGAAAUUCUAGGCACGACAAGAGCAUUCCCUGCCCCACUAAAACCAUAUCCCACCAUCAGCACCUCAGCAGCGGCAUUAUCCCGACGACUCGGCGUGAGAAGCAGGAUAGUGGAGGCAAAAGAUAGCAAUCUAUGGCAACAUGAAACAGCAAAUUUCUACAGUUCAGCAGAUGAUUUCUACUCCUACAACCGACAGGUUGCAUCUUUACCAUUCUGUGCGACUGGCUUCAAGACCGUCUCCUUGGUCGCUGUUGGUGAUGAGGAUGGCACCGUACGUAUACACGAUGCGUGCAGUCAGGCCCAAUCAUACAACGAGGUAUUCCUGCACAUGCAUCCUCACGACAACGCAAUCAUGGAUCUGGAACUGUCUGAAGACGACGCACUACUCGCCACCGCAUCCGGAGAUCAAACAUGCCGAAUUGUUGAUAUGAAACAGCAAGUCUCGACCCAUACGCUUGUUGGCCACACCGGUUCGAUCAAGCGCGUUCAAUUUCAGCCAGGAUCUGGAAACCAUGUUCUAGCAACAUGUUCCAGAGAUGGGAGCAUUUGUCUAUGGGACCUCCGAUGCGCCAAAGCGAAAGGCUCUACGAUGUUCCAAGAACUCCGACGUGAAAGUGCAGCCUUCUUGGAGAAUAGCAGAGAAGUCAAUACGAUCAACGACAUCCGUGACGCGCACACGGCUGCCCGCAACGGCUCGUUAUCGAAAGGCCGUCGCCAGCAAAUCCCCAUAUCCGCUCGUAACGACUUUGCAGUGACGACCUGUGCCUUCAUCAGUGCCAGCCGACCGCACCUCCUGGCCAGCGCAUCUGAAAAUGAUGCCAUCAUCAAGCUGUGGGAUAUGCGUACGUCUUACAAACAGCGCUCCGGCCGACCAAAUCCAAUUUCUGCCACCCUCGAGCCGCAGUCUCACCAAAACCACCGUCAAUUUGGGGUCACCUCGAUAGCAAUGAGCAGCGACGGGUCGAGACUUUACUCUCUCUGCCGCGACCACACCAUCUACGCAUACUCGACGGCACACCUCGUCCUUGGCAGUGCGCCUGAGAUGUCCCUCUCGUCGUCCACCUCUCGACCCGCACGUCAACCACGACAGCCCAUCCACGGCCUCGGACCCUUAUAUGGCUUCCGCCACCCAUCUCUGCGCCUGCAGACAUUCUAUGACAAGCUCGCCAUCCGCCGCACAUCCGAUGACCAACCCCACACCGAAGUUCUGGCCUCGGGCAGCAGCGAAGAAUGCGCCGUGCUCUUCCCGACGGACGAACGGUACUUCAACAGGACCACGCGCCGCCAGCCAGAGAACGCCACCACCCUCGCUCAGCCACGCCUGCGUAAUACAGCGCCACCGUCGUCGUCAAUGAGCAGCAACAACAACAACAAAGAUGCGCCGUUGCCCAUAUACUACCACGGCACCGCCCUCGUCAACGCUCAUCGCAAGGAAGUCACCGCCGUGGCCUGGACGAGGAACGGCAACCUCGUCACCACUGCCGACGACUACACAACGCGGUGCUGGCGUGAGGAUGCCGCCCAGGCGCGUAUGCUGAGACUCAACAGCGAGCGCGACGCUCGUCGGUACCAGAGCGGCUGGGCCGACGUCCCAGCGCGGUACGACGACGACGAUGACGAGUUUUAG